AUGUUACGUUUGGAUCGUUUAUUAUGUUGUGAUGACUAGCAAUAAAAGUAGAUAAAAUUUCUAGAAAAAAAGCUGAAAACAGUUUCGAAUGAACUUAAAAAUUAUAAAAGCCAAAUUGAAAUUAAAAAUCAAAGACAAGCAGGCAGAUAUAAAGGAAAUCCUUAAUAAAUAAGCCCUUUUUCAAAUGAAGACUAAUCAUCAGUAUAUGACUGGGUAGUGGAUAUUAAUUUAGUAACAGAAGUAUCAUAUGAAGGUUGGAAAAUUUAACUAAGUCCUUCUUUUUUUUAAGAACAUGGUUAUGUUUUUAAUAAAUAAAAAGAAUUAAUUAAUUAAAUUGAUGAUUAAAAUUAAAAUAUAAAUAAUAAUAACAUAAUAUUAUAAAUAAAUUCGUAAAAAUAAAUUAAUAAUAAUAAUAAUAAUAAUAAUAAUAAUAAUAAUAAUAAUAAUAAAUAAAUAAUACUUCUGAAUAAAAAAUUAAUAAUUAUAAUUAAAAUUAAUGGGGAGGUGCUCUCGUAGCAGUCGUUGGUUUAUACGAUAAAGGAAAACUUUUGUUUUGAAUAAUCUUACACUAUCAAAUUUACCUUCUGGAAAGAAAUUACCACCAAAGGAAUUUCUUUUAAACAUGUCAACGUCGAUAGCGGUACUAAUUUAAUUCUUGUAGAUACUGCAGGUUCUUAUUCUCCUGUAAUAAUAAAUAACGAGCUUUCUAUCAUUGAAAAAGAGGCAACCGAAGUCAUUAUUACAGACCUUGUUUUCGAAAUCGCAGAUUAUUUUAUUUGUGUAGUGAAUGAUUUCACCUCUUUAGAUCAAAGAUAUUUAGAUAAACUAUCCAGAAACCUAUAGAAUUCUCCUAAUAAGACUUUCCGUGAAAUCAUAGUUAUACAUAAUCUUAAAGAAAUUGAGAGUUCUGAAAUACUAGAGCAUAUAUGGAAAACAUAAGUCACAUAAAUCUAUAAUUAAGGUUCUGUAUAAAAAACUAAAGUGGCAGCAAAAGAUCCCAUAUUAAAUUAAUUAGUUGAAAAGCAUGUAGUAUGGUUCAAAACUUAAUAUACAAGACAUAUUUGCUUAGCAAAUGACGAUUCUGAAUUAGGAAAACAAGUUAAUCCUUGGGUUUUUUCCUUACUUAGAUAUUGGUUAAAGGCUGUAUUUGUACCAGUUUCUAGACCUGUUCCUGUAAUUGAUUAAUUAAUAAAAUUCUCUACUAUGUAGCUUUCAAAAUAUUUCAAAACUGGAGUUUAACUUGAAUUAAUAGAAUCUAUGGAUCCUUUAAUUAAAUUUAUAAGAACAAAAGAACACUAAGAUUAAAAAUUCAGAAUUCCGUAAAUGUAAAUUGAUAGUAGUGGUAUAGUCAUGACUAGACCAGAUAAUUUUGUGCCGAGUAUUGAUAUUUCUGCUAGUGAUUAAUAUUCUAUUUGGAUGGAUAUUCCAGGUAUGUCAAGGGAUGAUAUAACUAUUUAUAGGCAGAAUGUAAUAACUAUUGUAAAAGGAACUAAAAAAAACCUUAUGAUGAUGAUAGAAAAUUGGAUAAAAAUGAAAGAAAAUAUGGUGAUUUUACACUUACUUUUAAAAUACCGGAAAUUUAUGAAAGAAAAUGGACUACAUAUGAAGUUGAAAAUGGAGUUCUUAAGAUUAUAUAUGAUAAAGAUACUGAAGAAUAAUAAAUAUGAAAAAAAUAGUUUCAUUUAUAUAUUAAGAAAUAAAAAAAAAUAGUUUAAAUAUAAUUAAUAUAUAUAUAUAUAUAUUUUUUUUUCAUCAUUAAUAUAUUUCAAAUUUUACUAAAGAAUUAUUAAAUAAUUUUAAUAAAUAAAAUCGAUUAAUAUAAUUUAUUACUUAUAAAUUAAAUUAUUAUUUUCAAAAAUUAAUUUUAUAAUUAAAAUUUUUCUGUAAAAAUAUUUAUUGUUUGUUUUAUAAAUAUUUACAAUUUUAACUAAAGGUAAUUAGUACAAAUUUUUGUAAAGUAUUUCGAAAUAGAAAAUUUUUAAAUACAACUAAAAAUUUCAUAUAAAAAUAUUAUUUUGA